AUGGAGAUCGGAGUUGAAGCGAGCUGCGGUGGGAAGAAGCUUUGCGAGAUCUUCACGAUUGGUGGGAUUCCCCUCGCUGAUAAUGUCAGAAAAGGAUUCACGGUCGUACACCUAGCUGCCAUUGCCGCGACGGCCUGGAUAUUACUUCUUAAUGCGAUCGUCGGGUUCCAGCUCCUCGACGACGGCACCCCAGUCUCAGUCGGCCUUCUCAUUGCUUCCGGGGCCAUCCUGUUCAUAGGGACCGGUUAUAUCGCGUUGGACACUGGCUUCCGAUGGACGGGCCAUUUCGACCCGAGCUUGAACGGAGAUAAUCGAAAUAUCGGUCUCUACGUCUUAUAUCUGCUAUUUCCACUCGUUUGCUUGGUCGCCUUCUUCGCGUUGGAAGCGGUCUUGGUCUUACGUAUCCUUGGGGAGUUAAGGCCUCUGUUAUACCUCAGCGCAGCCGGCCUUCUUUUCACCAUCGGACAGAUUUUCCAAUUCGUCAUCAGCACUCACCUAUGUUCAGCAUCUAGAGGGAAGAUAAACGGAUCUCUCUUCGCGACCCUCUUCACAGAACUUGCUGUUGGGGCAGUAUGGAUAUUCUGGAGCAGCAUAACCGAGGACGACUGGCCCGUCCCCGUUGUAAGUGGUGGCUACAACUAA